GUUAGUUUCGUUGUGAAUUUUGUGCAGUUAAAGUAAAUUAGUGAAAAAUGACUGGUCGUGGUAAAGGUGGCAAAGGCUUGGGCAAGGGUGGCGCAAAACGUCAUCGCAAAGUAUUGCGUGAUAACAUUCAGGGUAUCACAAAGCCAGCUAUCCGUCGUUUGGCUCGACGUGGCGGUGUAAAACGCAUCUCUGGCUUAAUUUAUGAAGAGACCCGUGGUGUGCUCAAGGUGUUUUUGGAGAAUGUUAUUCGUGAUGCUGUCACCUAUACGGAACAUGCCAAAAGGAAAACAGUCACAGCUAUGGAUGUUGUAUAUGCAUUAAAAAGACAAGGCCGCACCCUUUACGGUUUCGGCGGUUAAGAAGUUACAUUUGCCCAAAUGUGCAAAUAAAGAAAACAAUCGGUCCUUUUCAG